CUUGCACUUGACAUUUCGCGAUAAAAGGAGCAGACCAUUUUCAUAGUGCAAAUCGGAGGAGGUUGACAUUAAAAAAUAGGUGCAGUUGGAGUGAAAAUUUGCUGUAAAAUAUUUGAUAAUUGUUGCAAAGCUAUAUUUUAAAUAUAAUAAAAGUGUAAUGGCAGAUUUCAACGUUAAAAUGUGAAUUGAAUGCAAGUAGUAGCAUAUACAAGAGCAAUAACGGCAAUAAAGAAAAGCACCAACACCAGCAGCGCUAUAUCAGCAGACAACGGAAAGAAAGGUGUCAGUAGAAAGAAUAGCUACAGAAAGGGCGGAAAGGUGUUGGUGCACGCGAAAUUUUUUUUGGCGAGAAACGGACAGCAGAAAAUAUUUCGGCCUGCCAUAUAUAUUCUAAUAUAAACGGGUACUGUAGCAGCAACGUUGUGUGUCCAAAAAAAAACAAAGGAAUAAACAGCAAAUAUUUUUUUUUUAUAAAGAGAAGUGUCAGCCGCGCAGAUUUACUGAGAUUAUUUUCUCUUACACACGCAACACCCACUCCUCUAGCCGUAUAGCCCACCGUAAUCGUAGUAGUAGUCGGUAUGGCUGCGUUACUACAAGAAUUAGAUAUAUUCGAACUGUGUCCGCUUAUUACCAAUUUAAAUUGCAAAUUAUCUACGGUCAGCGAAUAUGAUGCACGCAAACAAUUGUUGUGUCUCGUCUCGGAGGAAAAUGACAUAGUGCUACGCUACACAAGCGAAGGUGGGCAGGAAGUGUUAAAAUUAGUUUCUUGGUUUCGACGCACCAAUCGAGUAAUACAUGACGUCUGCUUUGAUCCCUCCGGUACUUGGUUAUUAGUGCUAUGUUUCGACAACACGCUGCACAUUGUACCCGCACUCGCUGUGGUCGACAAAACUUUCAUGGAGCCAUCGAACUCGACUCACCCGCCGCAACAGCCAUACAGCACAACACAAAUUACCUCAUACAUCAUACCAUUUGUGGGACCACAUGAGUGUCCCAACUCUAAACGGUGCCCAAAUCAGGCCACAUUCAGUGAAACCAUAGCAAGGCAACCGCCUGUCAUACCAACAGCCGCUGCUCCCGCUGCACCAGAGGAAAAAGCAGAAAAUGCAGCAUGUGAUGUGCCGGAGAAAUAUGAAGUCAGCGCUGAAAGUGUCCAGCCAGCAGACACUGAAAAGCUCUCCUCUUCACGGGAGAGUAUUGCGCAGGCAUCACAACUACUUGUAGAAGUCGAGGUGAAUAUAGAGCCGAAACUGCCAGCCAAUAUGAAUCUUGACGCUUAUAGCCAUGAUGUGCCCGCCAGUAUGUUGGCGUCUACAGCGCCACCAAAUGUUUUCGAAGAUAAAACGGGCAAUAGUCAGGUUAUGGCUACAUCCUUUAUGGCUUCGGUUACUUGCCCUUACCCGCUAGCGGUUGUUUGGUGGCAAACGAUAGAUGGUGUCAAUCGCGCUGUUAUCGGCUAUUCCGACGGUUCUAUUUGCUUCGUGGGUUUGAGUCCAAAUUGCCCCUUCGUUGCGAGCACCGCCAUUGAUACGGGUUCUGUAGUGAAGUUGCUCAUUUGCAAGGACAGCACUUUUGAGAGCGUUAUGCUACUGAUCACCUCUUUGUUGAAGCAGCAAUUCAAAUUACUACUUGAACAAAAAGCCAUUAAAUACAUAUACCCUGGCGAGAUCUCACCUAGUGCGGUACACAGUCGUGAUAGUGACUGGCAAAUUGUCAUGCCGCUGAAGACACAAAGCAAUUGCUCGGACCCAGCGUCGGACAAUAGUGCAUUGGAAGAGGAUGUUUUCUUAAGAAACGAUGAGAAUCCUAGCACUUCAGCAGUGGCAGCGUCGUCUAGUACUGCUGUACAAGCUAGUCAUUCACUACGUCGUUCAGUCAACAUACCGGGUACACACGCACCCAUGUCCAAAACAGCCAUACCACCACCGCCACCACCCUAUUCGGUAGCUAUCAACCGCCACUUGGACACUGCGCCCACAACGAGCACCAGCACCAAUGCUGCUGCAACGCAUACUGCUACAAGCAACAACGGUAGCGGCAGCGGCGGUGGCAGCAUACCCACUACCAUGAGCAUUAGCAAUGGCAACUCAGCGACAGGUAUACGUUUCACACAACAGCAGCUGCCCGAAUUGGACGAUGCGAAUGCACGUGCUGGCAUCUUGCCAGCGGCGCGCGCACGUCUCGCCUCAUUGAAGAGCCUGGGCACCAAAAAGCUGAAUGCCAUCAAAAUGCGUCUUUCCGAUAAUCGCCACAAGCUCGAAGAUUAUGUGUCGGAGAAUACACUGGGCAACUUCGCUAUCAUAGACUCACCAUCGCUGACGCCCGAGGUGUUGAACAACUCCAGCGGUUCCUUCUACACUAUACAGAAUUUGCGCAAUACCUAUCUGCUAAGCGCACUACACAGUCACACCAACAGUCUUACCGUGCAUAAUAUUGAUAUUAAUUUGAAACCGUUAUUUCUCUAUAAGAUCCCCAAGAACUGCUUUGAUAUACUAAUAAGCUCAAAUUUGCUUUACACCAUACAAUAUGUGGAUCUAAAUGGCGAUGCGGCAAAAGAAUGCGCUGACAUGGCGCAGAUCGAACGCAACACGGAGAAGGAGAAUCGCGACACGGACACCGAGAAGGAGGAAGUAAUCGAUCUGUGCGAAGGCAAUGACACGCUGCUGGCGGACAUCAAUUCGGCUGGCUCGUUUAGUGCGGACACGAGCGCGACCACAAGUGGGCCGUCCACUACUGACAGCAUGUCGCAUUGUAAUGCGAUAAACGCGGUGGGCGUGAUCAGCAGUGCGAUGGCUACAUUGCGCGCCGGUGAUGAUGAUUGCUUUAACGCCGCCUCACAACUGACCAUAUUUCGCUUUGAGAAUGAAACGGUGCUCAAUCUCUAUCAAAUGGCCACCUAUCGCUCGAGUGAGCCCAGCGAGCUCAUUACGAAGGAGGAGAAAGCCAAAGCGUUCGAUUUCAAGGAUAUACGCUCACCCAUGGACUAUGUGCAGUUCUAUGAGCAUGCCGACGUGAAGGAGGAGUACUCGCUGCGUCAAAUGGAAAUUAUGAAACAUGAAUUUCCGAAGAUUAAUUACGAUCCCUGCUAUGUGAUUACCAACAAAAACGUCUACUACAUACAAUUGAAAAAAGAGCCGUUCGCCAUCUUCCUAGACUCCGCGCUGGCAGGUGAAUGGAAGCAAUGCCGUGAAUUCUGCAACACCUUUGAUCUCACCUACGAGGCGUGCAUAGAGUUUGCCGGCGAUUAUCUGCUGCGUCGCAAGCGUGUCACGCAGGCGCUGGUCACAUACAACUCGGCGCGCAUCAAACCCAUACGCACCGCGCUCAAAUUGGCGAUGUUCGGUCAAACAUGUGCACUAAUGCAUCUCUGUGCGAUGGCGCUGAAGACGACCUAUCUGCUGAAGUCGAAAUACUUUAGCAGUCCGAUCAUAAAAACGUUACUUAAAGAUAUCACAUAUCGUCACUCGGAAGAUGUGCGCACAAUACUGCCGCUGGUGGCUGAGAAAAAUAGCGCUGUGUUGAUAAAUGAGGGCGUGUCGGCAAGCGAUUAUAACUAUGGUGUGGAUGACUCGCUUAGCAAUCUGCAGAUGUCACCUUCGUCACAAUUUCAUUUGGCCAAUUUGUUGUUGAUCACUUUAGCGGAGCGUGCCGUCAAUGAUAAGAACUAUUUGCCGCUGUGGAAUUUCCUGGUGACUAAUACGAAAUAUCACACCAAUAUGACAAGCAUUGUGCUGUGCCAGAGUGGUCUCUUCUCGUCGGCUUUGGUGUUGGCGAAGACGCGUGGCGUUUGUAUCGACACAUUUUUGGCGUUGACCAGCGUUGUGGGGCAGGAAUUUGGUAAAUAUCGUAAAGACACUUUGCAAGAAAGGAACAAUAACUGUUUUACGUUAGGCUGGUACACAGAGAUGAAUGUGUGUUUGUAUAAUUUGAGUGAGCCAAUAUUUGCCGAAACCAUCACCUAUUUGCCGCAAAUCGCCGUGGACUAUUUUGCUUUCAUACAGGAGAAAUUACCGAACAUAAGACACUGUGUGCUUGAGCGUCUGGAACAUCAAUUGAAUCCCUUCUCCGCCGUACUACGUCCAAUUGUAUCGCACACUUCCUCCGGUCACGUCGAGCACAAUAUAAACGACAAUAAAACGUUUUUAUUUGAUUUUUGUAAAAAUCUCAUCGAAACAUAUUUAGCUGUACUCAUACAUAUGGAAUCUCAACGUUCGAAGAGCGAACACAUAACGAACGCAUUGUCGACGUUUCGCAUCACUUACGAAGACAAUCAGUUUGCAAUCGAAACAUCACGCUUUAAACCCAUCUCAGCUGGUUGUGCACACUGCGCUUGCGUUGUGGAUGGUGUUGCCUACUUUUGGGGUUCUAAUGGUGUGCCUUGUAAUUAUAGCGUUAACAAGUCUUCCGAUCCACCAGAGCCGCCACACGCUGUGAAGAGUUUGGACCUACUCUCACAAUUGAAUCUGGAAGUGCAUACCGUGAAGUGCGGCCGUCAGCAUACACUAGUGCUAACGAACAAUGGGUUAUAUUCGUUUGGCAAUAACAAUCUGCUCCAGUUGGGUAUUGGGCGCGACAUGCAAGUCUCUCUACAACCAAUGUUGGUGCGUGCCUUCGAUGGCAAGAAUGUAACGAUCAUCGAAGCGGGUCAAUAUCACAAUGCUGCGAUUGCUGAUGGAGUUCUGUACACCUGGGGUUGGGGCAUUUACGGACAACUUGGACAUGGCAACUGCGAGAAUGUGGCCGAACCGAAAGUAGUUGCCUUCUUCAAAACGAAAAAAGUACUCCAAGUCUCCUUGGGUCAUGCGCACAGUUUGGUGCUCUGUCAGGCGCCCAAUAAUCCCAACGCGACCGAAUUAUUUGUGUUUGGUUCGAAUCAUUUUGGUCAGUUGGGUAUUGGGUCGGGUGUCAGCAGCAUUGACGUGCAGAGCAACGCUUCGGCUGACGAUGAAAUGCAUUGCGCUAAUCAAGUAAAGAGUUUAGUGCCCAUUAAACUGUUUGUCUGCGCGGAAAGAAUAAGACUGAUACAUACCAAAUUUUUUUCUAACUUAGCUGUCGAUGAGCAUGGGCAAAUGUACACGUGGGGCUCCUCACCACAAGCACUGCGCUUAGCGAAUCAGAUAAAGCGUCGUGCAAAUGCGAAGCAGAAAAUGGAGGAACAUCAACGUCGUGAAAUGAGUAAGCAAUUCGAAGAUACAUUGCCCAGUGAGAGUGCAUGCAUACCUUGUAUGCCAUCCACGUCCAAAAGUGCAUACGCCGAGGCUCCAAAAUCUAUGGCCGCCGAGGUCGCCAGCAGCAUACUUACGGAUAUAGUGAAUGAAAACGUGACUGCAGAUAUAGCUCUAGAGACUAAGGCGCAGUCGACAGAACCCGAGCUCAUUGAGGUUUUAGCCACCACAGUAACGGCCGAGCAGAUGGAGGUUGACGCACUGAAAGAAGCGGAUGAGAAAGAGCUAAUUGUAGAAGACAUAGCCAACACCGAAACUGAGAUAACCAUACAGUUGGACGAAGUAGUGGAGGAGAUUGUCGAAAAGGUUAAACCGUUGGUCGCACAACCGCUCAAUCCAUUAAACACUGCGACACCAGCGACCGAUGAGCUAGCGGUAAAGAACGCUCAUGCAUCAGCGCCUAUGCCAGUGCCAGCAAUAGCGGUCACAGCCCCUCCAACUGCAGCGGCAACAAAUGUCACGGCUGAUGUCGAUCCAUGCGAGCAUAUGACACCGCAUCUGGUGGACACCACCGAGGUAGCCGGUGAAAUAUUGCAGAUCUCAAGUGGGCUCUUCCAUUUUGCCUUGAUCUCGUCUACAUGCACACUGUACACUUGGGGCAAAAAUUUGGAGCACCAGCUGGGUACGGGAGAUAAGGAGCGACGCGCGGUCAGUAAGCCUUCACCUGUCGAUUGCGUCGACCGUCCUAUGUAUGUUGACUGUGGUGCGGAUUUCACGCUCGUCAUGACCACGGAAUUCAUGGUCAAAGCGUUUGGUGGCAACUCUAACGGACAGUGCGGUCGCGAUCUUGGACCCUCCAUCGACAAGAUGAAACAACGCGUCGUCUGUCUGCCCACCACCAAGCGACUCAUGCGCUUCGAGAGUCAGUGUGUUGAUGUGCCGGUGGAAAUCAAUUUGCCACGCCCACGAAUACGUUUGGAAUCCGAUCCGGUGCGCUAUCUGAAGAGCAUACCAAAAUAUCAACCACAAUUCAUGCAAGAGGCCGGUAUCAAUUUCGACAACGGGCUCAACUUCGAACGCCCCUCACCGUCGAAUCAGUACAAGUCGACAACACAAGCGGAUAGCAGUGAAAAUGUGGUUACCGGCCAAGACUCGGACGAUAUGAUCUCAAGCUUAGAGAAUUUAAGUAACAACGAAGCGAACGAUGGUUGUUCACUGAACUUCUCAUUGCUGCCCUCAUCGGGUGCAGCGGGCGCAUUGCCACUUGCAGUGGCCACCGUGGAUGACGGCCAACACAGCGCUGCUGUGGAUGAUCUAACACCCGACGAGCAGAGUUAUGCGCGCCUGCCCGUUACGGAUAAUUCCGAUGUAAGCGGUGUUGGUGGUGUGGCCGGUCAGCAGAGUGCCGAGCAAUAUCCGCUGGUGACAACAACCAAGCACCACGAUGCUAACGGCACACAGACACCCACACAAGCGGCCGGCUCACAGAGUACGCUCACUUCGAAUGCGCAUGUGGAGGCUGAGGAGACUGCAGAGGACGUUGCGAAUUUGCAACAGUUGCGUCAGUACAUACACUAUUGUCUCUACGUCUUUCACGGUCUCUACAAUCCGGACAAGGUGUGCGACUGCUCCAAGCAACGGCUGGAGUAUCGCAUACGCACGCUCAUGUUGAAUUUCAAAUUCGUCGAUGCUUUUGUAUUGUGCUUGCAGAAUUGCAAUAGCGCCAGCAAGACGUUGAAAAUUUUCGCAUACUUCUCCAAAGACACCGGUUCGGUGCCGCUGCGUCGCCAAGACGUGAAGUACUUAAUUUACUAUUUGUUGAAACACUUCAUGGCGCAGCGCUUCGAUAUGCUCGAAUGUGAGCGUUUCUUUUUGGGCGAUCUCGAUUACUACUUGCUUGAGUUGUCGUAUGUGCUCUUCUUCAACAACAACAACACCAUGCUGGAGCAUAACUUAAAUGAGAAAUUCAAGAGUUACUUCGCGCAGGAGGAGUCACAGCAACUCAAUCAAAAUCGAAACGAUGCUGAGCAGGUGCAACACAAGCUGGAGGACACGGAUGUGAUAUUCGAUAGCCUAAGUGUUAAGUUCAAAACAAUCGUUUGCCAGAGGCUGAUGCAGCACUGCAACAAUUAGUUGCUGGUGCUUAGCACCAUUAGUUUAACUUGUUUUUAAUUUAUUGAUUCGUGAUAUGAGUUGUUUAUUUUUAUUUUAUUUUUAUUAUUACUUUUUAGUUCUUUCGUCGUUUUUUUAUUGUAUUCAAAUUUACAUCUUACAUAUGUAUAUAUAUAUAUAUUUGUGUUAACGAGAAAAUGUAAUAUAACUUGAUAUAUAUAUAUAUAUAUAUUCGUUUAUACCUCAUAAAUUAUAUGCAUUAUUGAUGUGUUUGCGCUGA